AAAAAUCAAUUGUCUAAAAUCUUGUAAUUUUGGCAUUAAUUUUCUUAUUUUAUCUUUUAUUUUAAAUGAUUUUUUCAAUUCUAUUAAAAACAUUCAAACACUAUAUAUAUUAUUUGGUUUAAAACGAUUUCCUUCCUUACAAAAUUACAAUUUUGGUUAUUGAAUGGGCGGGAAAACUUUGUUUCAAAGUUUUUAAUAAUUUACGUUAAGUUUACAGCUUAGUUUACAGUAUGCGACGUAAUUGGAGAGGUCGAUAUAAAUAUAAUUGGCACCAGUCGAAUAGUAAAUCACGUAGCACUGGAGAUAACCAAAGUUUAAACCAUUCGUUAACUUCCACACGAAUAAACAGCAUUGCAGGAUCAUCAAGAGCACCAGCCAAUAAGUUACCUAUUAUUGUAGCACUUAAUACCGACAAUAAUCCUUGGAAGUUAUAUUUUCCUUCGGAAGAAUAUCCACCAAAGAAUGAACUAUCAGACUAUAUCAAACAUUUUAAAUCUUUCAUAGAAAAAAACAGAAACUUAUUUGAUUUAGAGAAGAUAGACAAUACUCGAAGUGUACCAUUAGAUUUACAAAUAUUAUUAAAUGAUACUGAUUUCAUUAAUGGUUGGACUACAUUUGAAACUGAUUUAUUUGAAAAACCAGAGUUCACUCUAAGAAUAUUGGAAUAUUGUUUACAUGAAUGCUUGAAAUGUGAAGCACAAAUAAAAGUUCGAAUAUUGAAUCAUCAACCAGUCAUUCCUCUGGCUAAUUUAAAAGUCAAUUACUUUGGUAAACUAGUUACAAUAAAAGGUACUGUUAUAAGAGUAGGAAGUGUAGGUCUUAUCUGCACUUCUAUGGCCUUUGAAUGUUCAAGCUGCCACAAUAUUCAAGCAGUUAUACAGCCGCAGGGAGUUUUUACAGCACCUAUCUGCUGUCAGAGUUGCAAUGGGGGAUCAAAAUUUGAACCUUUGCAAUCAUCCCCAUUCACCAACACAACAGAUUGGCAAAUAGCUAAAAUACAGGAAAUACAAUCGCAGAGUGCCUCUGGUACAAUACCACGGAAUGUCGAAAUAGAACUGACAGGGGACCUCGUCGGAACAGCAUGCCCUGGCGAUGUACUUUCUGUCACUGGGAUAGUGCAGGUUCGCGGUGAAAGUAAAGGUGGAGAAGACGGUAAAAGAGCAGCAAGACUUUUACAACUCUAUAUAGAAGCUGUUUCAAUACACAGUCAGAGAAACCUAAGUAAUCCAACAUUGUCUUUUACACUUAAAGAUUAUUAUGCUAUUCAGGAAAUACAUGCAUCAGAAAAUGUUUUUAAAUUGUUAGUCCAUUCACUGUGCCCAACAAUAUUUGGUCAUGAAGCAGUUAAGGCGGGCCUUAUACUAGGUUUAUUGGGAGGCACAGAGGUAGAAAAUGGACCCAGAUCUAACCCACAUGUGCUAAUAGUAGGGGACCCUGGCUUAGGGAAAUCUCAGUUGCUUCAGGCUGCAGCUCAUGCGGCUCCAAGAGGCGUUUAUGUGUGUGGUGCUUCUGCAUCAGCUGGAGGACUCACUGUGGCGCUGGGUCGAGAGGCUGGCGGUGACUUCGCACUCGAGGCCGGAGCACUGGUAUUAGCUGAUAAAGGCGUCUGUUGUGUUGAUGAGUUGGAUAAGAUGUCAGCUCAUCACAGCAGCCUGUUAGAAGCGAUGGAGCAACGUCGUGUGAGUGUAGCCAAGGGCGGAGUGGUAUGCAGCCUAGCAGCGCGCGCAACUGUGCUGGCGGCCGCUAAUCCAGCAGGGGGCAGUUACAACAGAGCUAAAACUGUAGCAGAAAAUUUAAAACUAAAUUCAGCCCUAUUAUCACGAUUUGAUUUGGUAUUCAUUCUACUGGAUCAACCAGAUGAGAAAAUAGAUGCAAUGCUUUCGGCACAUGUCUUAGCUUUACAUGGCGGUAAAAAAAAUAAUUCCUCAAAAAAUAAUCAUAUAAACACCAGUUUUCACACGAGCCAAAGCGAUACCGAGGCGUCAUUAAGUAAAAGACUGAGAUUAAAACCAGGCGAAAAUAUAGACACACUGCCCUUAGUUCUUCUUCGAAAAUACAUUGCAUAUGCAAGAAGAUAUGUACACCCAAAACUUAGUGUCGAAGCAGCGAAUACAUUACAAGAAUUUUAUUUAGAACUGCGUCAUAAUCAAGACAACGGUUCCGAUGGUACACCUAUAACAACAAGACAACUCGAGGCCUGUAUUCGACUAUCACAAGCUCGUGCAAGAGUAGAUUUAAGAGAAGAAGUUACAGUACAAGAUGCUAAUGACGUAAUUAGUUUAGUGAAACAUAGUUUAAUGGAUACAUUUAGCGACGAAUUCGGUAAUAUACAACUAUCACGAUCAAUAAAUGGGUCUGGAGUGAGCUCCAGAAAUAAAUUGAAAAGAUUCUUAGACAUUUUAAGAAGACAAAUAAACCAAUUAGGCAAAGAUGUGUUCACCAGAAAGGAACUGAUACAAUUGCAUAAAGCCGCGGGUAUAACAGGCGACGCAAAUGAUCUAAUAGAAGCAAUGCACAUACAUUCAUAUCUAUUACUAAAAGGCUCCAAUACAUAUCAAUUUAUAGCUGUAUAAUACCUAUAUAUAUCUAUAUUUAAUUGAAUACAUGAGUUAACAUUU